AAAGUUUCGUUUUGGUGCUCUCACAAGGAAAGAAGACAGACAAAGCUAGCUGCUACUCAUAUCUAGUACUCCAUCAGCUAAAGCUACCUAAAAAGAAAAGGAAAAAAAAAAAAGAGAUCAUGAAAAGGAUUUCUUUUUUCUUUCUAUUCUGUGGCUCUUAUAUUAAGGCGAAACAAUAUAUAGUAUGAUGUAUUGUUCAGAAUAAUCUAUGAUGGCUGGAAACCCUAGUAAUAACUGGUGGAACAUCAUGAUGAGUGGAAGCAUGCAUCCACAUGAAUCUCAUGAGCAUCAUCAGCUUUCUUCUUCUUCGUCGUCUUCUUUGACUCAACAUUUUUAUGGAUCUUCAAGUUUUUUGGCUGAUAAUCCACGUCAAGAUUUCCCUCGCUCAUGGAGCCAACUACUUCUGGCUGGAUUAUCUGGUGAUCAAGAAAAAUCUAGCAUGAGUCAUUUUCAUCAUCAGUAUAAGAAGCUGGAUAACUGGGAAGAAAUCCAAAAUUUGAAUUCCAUCCAUAAUAAUAAUAUUCCAUGUUCAAGUUUUAGGGUUCCUGUUGUUGAUGUAAAACCAGAAGUGGGCCAACUACUGUACGGUAAUUACCAAGAUUUGCCAGCAACUUCAUCACCAGCUAGCUCUUGUGUCACCACUAAUUUACGCCAUGAUAAUUUCAACUUCUCAGCUGGUAAUAAAAUUACCAGUAACAAAGUGGCAGCUAAGCAUCAACGUCAAGAUCAUCCAUCUGAGUGUAACAGCACAAGCAGUGGUGGGAUGACUAAGAAGGCUAGAGUUCAACAUUCCUCAGCUCAGCCAUCUCUCAAGGUGAGAAAAGAGAAGCUAGGGGAUAGGAUAACAGCACUGCACCAACUUGUUUCUCCAUUUGGAAAGACUGACACGGCCUCCGUCUUGUCAGAAGCCAUUGGCUACAUCAGAUUCCUUCAGGCUCAAAUUGAUGCAUUGAGCUCUCCAUACAUGGGCAAUGUAGCAGGAAGCAUGGGUCACACUCACCAACAAUCUGAUUCUCAACAUAGAGUGAAGGAUUUGAAGAGUAGAGGACUGUGUUUGGUUCCUAUAUCUUGUACACAACAUGUUGCAAGUGACAAUACUGUUGGAGAUUACUGGGCCCCAGCACUAGGAGGAGGAUAUUUAUAAUGUAACAUUUCUUCGAUAAUACCAAUGCUAUUGAUGAUGGUGAUGAAGUGAUGAUAUGAUGGAAUGAUAUAACAUCAGAAGCAGUCACUCUCAAUAAAUUAGGAUUGACUGUUGCUGAUGCUAUAUAUAUUUUGCAUUUCUAAGUAGGAACAAGGAUAAAAGUGUUGUUUUAUGGUCCAAUAUUGCCAAUUUAUGUUCAUUUUAUUUCAUGAAUAAUCAUAAACGGUAUAAUCUAGCUAGCUAGUUUAUAAGUGUUUGCAUAUAUCAGGUAUCGAAAUGUUGAGCAACAAUAGACAUAUCUUAUAUAUUUAGAGUUUGUCUGGCUUAACUGAUUAAAAUGAUCAGGUGCUGAAAUUAAUUGAUUUUAUGAAUAAAAAGUUGUGUUGCAAGCUCAAA